AAACAACCCGGCAAUGAAACAGCGGUGAUACACCAUGACCUGAUCGAGGAGGCGAGAUGGUGCCACAUGUCCAAAACUAGCCCACUGCUAGCCGCAUAAUGACGGGUGAGAUAAUGUACACAGGCCUAUAUAGGUCUAUCUCUGACCGGGCUGGCCUUGAUGAUUUCAGUCUGUUUAAAUGUUUUGUUAUAUUCACUGAGACGCAGAGACCAAAAAGUAAGAGAUGCUGAGGAGCAGCUUUAUGACUAUUCUGAGCACAGCGAGAACAGGUUUGAGGAGGAAGUGCAACAACAGGAAAAUCCAAUCUAUGGAAAUAUAUGCACAAAUGGGGGAGAAUCGGAGGCAGCAAAUGAGAUGUGCUACGAACCAAUGACAGGCCGGGACCCCACACCAAGUCAAAGGCCAUCAGAUGUCUCCUAUGCUUCUCUGGACCUGAGAAAUGCCAAAAAGCACAAAAAGAAGCGCAAGUACCAGCAGAACCAGAACCAGAACCAGAGCCAGAGCCAGACCACUCAGACCCAGAAGGCCCAGUCGCACGCGGUGGCGGCGGCGCCGUCCCAGGGCUGUCUGGACGUGGCGGAAGGCGAGGAGGCCGUCGCCCUGCCCUCCAGGAGCAGCAGCCUCAUGGUGUCCCGCCACAGCAUCUACCUCAACAGCCAGCAGAUCGCACAGGAGGCCCAGGAGCUGGACAGAGAGCGGGACAAGCCGACGCAAGACCUGGGAAAUGGACAGGGCAACUGCACAGAGGAGUGGUGAGGGCAGGAGAGAGAAAAGAAUUCCAUUUUUUUUUAUUUUACACUGUACCUAAUUAAGUAUGUAAUAAAUAACUCUUAAAUAAAUAAGCACAUGUGAAUGUA